AUAAAAGAUGGGGAAGACUAGAAAUUCUAAAAUACAAUUUUUUUCACUAAAUCUAGUGCUUGCUUCUUUGUGAGAUAUGAUUUCUCACAGUGGAUGGGGUACUUUUGUUUCACGAUGGACACGCCUGUGCUUGUGUUAGCACAAGCACUGUGGAGGUGUAAUCACACAAGGGAGACGCUCUCUGCAAGACCUGAGAAAAAGAAGUUGACGCUGCUGUCUGGCACAACGCACAUAUUUUUCUCUAAAAGUCAAGAUGCCAGAAACAGCUGAGGCUGUGUCAGCCACUCUCACCACCAACAGAAACUGCACUAUAGAAAUAACCAAUGUCAGCGGUAGCUACUGCCUCAUUAACCCCAAGGUGUACAUGAAAAGUGGCUUCUGUCAACACCCGCCCCAGCCCACGAUUCGUACCACCAAGACAGAAGUGUGCUCCUUCACCAAGGAUGACAACACUGCCACGGGUGCCGUCGGCAUUCUAACCUACGAUUUGUUCCAUAUGCAGAGCCGGGUUUGCUCCGAGCGCAUGGCGAUCAUGUUCUCUGUGCCUUUUGACCACAACCUGUAUAAGAACCAGCUGGCCAUGGGUGUGUUUGAGCAAUCCCGUGCUUGUGACAAACAGCUGUAUGACCGGAUGUAUGAUGGGAAGGAUCUCAGCAACUUCACCCGCUCUGAGGCAAAUGGCUGUGGGCUGGAGUACAAGGCAACAUAUGUUGACCUGAGGGCCACAAUGUCUACUGUUGGAAAAGCCAUGGUUAAAGUGGAGCUCUAUGAUAAAAUGGGUCAUUAGUGUGCAGUCUACUGGUGUUCUGCUUUUCUGUGUUUUCUUGUUUUUCUAGUCGCAGAAAAAUAAACUUCAUUUGAUUUGACGACUCUUGUCAUCCUAAAAAAAAAACAUUUAGGAGAAGAGGAAGACUGAUUUUGCUGUCAUCUGUAUUUUGUGUCUGCUGAAAGAUAUCAAUAUCUGACAGCCACCUCAUUGAUUCUCCAUUAGCUUAGCUCUUGGGCUCAUGUACACGGAAUACUCUAUUUUCGUUUAUUAUGGUAAUAAAGCAUUCAGCCCCAAUGCUUGUGCUACUUUGA